AUGCCCAAAUCGACUCUACUACCGAUCGUAGAUCUUCCAUCUUCAAUCGACUCAUCCAUAUGGCUAAAUUACUCCGACAGCCCAAAUGGCAAGUUAUACUUGAAGACUGAGGGGCCAUCAAUGGCUACGGAGUUUUGGUUUCUCGUCAUUGUACGGAACGAAGGUGGCGAAGAUGGCUUAUGGGGAUGGCUAUAUAAGGAGUUGAACAUUUACAAAGUUAUUUCUAAGGUGAUUGCUAAUAGAUUGAAGCUUGCUUUACCGAAUGCUAUCUCUACUACUCAAAGUGCUUUCCUUCCAGGCCGGUUGAUUUCUGAUAAUAUCAUGGUUUCAUUUGAGAUUAUGCAUUAUCUGAAAAGGAAAAGAGUGGGUAAGAAAGAUUGUAUGGCACUCAAACUUGAUAUGAGUAAGGCUUACGAUCGGGUUGGUUGGUCAUUUUUGGAAGCUAUGUUGCUCCGGAUGGGUUUCUGCAGGAAAAUUGUUUCCCUCAUUAUGUGUUGUGUGUCAACGGUUGUUUAUAAUGUUACUUAUGGAGGCAAAGUAAUGGGGCCUAUUCUUCCACGGAGAGGUAUUAGGCAAGGUGAUCCGCAAUUACCUUACCUCUUCUUGGUGUGUGCUGAGGGUCUCUCUUCUCUUUUGCAACAGUAUGAACGUAAUCGUUGGUUGACGGGUUGUCAAGUUGCUAGAGGAGCCCCUCGUGUUUCUCAUAUGCUAUUCGCUGACGAUAGCUAUGUGUACUGUAAGGCUAAUGAGAGUGAAGCCUCUAGAGUUCUACAAUUGCUUCAAGUGUAUCAACGUGCUUCUGGACAGCAGGUAAACUAUGCUAAGUCAUCCAUCUUUUUCAGUAACAACACUAGUGGUGCUACUAGACAGAGAAUGAGCGAGAUGUUGGGGAUGGUGGAGGCUUUGGAGAAUAGUUUCUAUUUGGGGUUACCUUGUAUCAUGGGAAGGAAUAAAAAUGCCAUCUUGGGUUUCCUUAAGGACAAAAUGCAGAAGAAAAUUUUCUCUUGGGAAAGUCGUUUUUUGUCAAAGGCCGGUAAGGAAGUGUUGCUUAAAUCGGUGGCUCAAGCUUUGCCUUCUUAUGCUAUGAGCGUGUUCUUAUUGACUAAAGAGAUUUGUUCUAAUCUUGAGGGUUUAAUGUCUAAAUUUUGGUGGAAAUCUCAAGCUAGUUCUACUAGUAAGGGUGUGAGUUGGAUGAGUUGGAAGCGUCUUUGUCGGCACAAAUAUGAGGGUGGUAUUAGAUUUCGGGAUCUUCGCAACUAUAAUUUAGCUUUUCUUGGUAAACAAGGGUGGAGAUUGUUGAAUAAUGAAAAUUCCUUGGUUAGUAGAAUUUAUAAAGCAAGAUAUUACCCUUCGGGGUCUUAUCUUACUGCUAGCCUUGGACCGAACCCCAGUUUUAUUUGGAGAAGCAUCUAUGAAGCAAAAGAUCUAGUUGUGUCUGGUGUGAGGAAAGCUAUUGGUGAUGGUACUACUGUGAACAUCACUCAGGACUCGUGGCUUCCUGAGGCAAAUAACCCCUUUGUCAUCUCAGAUCACCCUGCAUUGGAGGGUCAAAUGGUGCACUGUUUGUUUUCGGUUGGGCAAAGAUCAUGGGAUUUGGAUGUUAUUCAAGAGCUGUUCGGGGAAAGAGAUCGACAACUGAUCUUAUCUAUUCAGUUGAGCGAUCGGGUGGAGAGGGAUUCUUGGUAUUGGCGGCUGGAAAAUUCUGGGCUGUACACAAUAAAAAGUGCAUAUACUAUUCUGCAGAAUUCUGCAGCAGUGGACCCGAUUGUUCAGAAGGGAUACAAGCAAUUGUGGAAGAUUGAUAUACCCCCAAAAGUGCAGCACUUUCUCUGGCGUGCAACUUCUGGCUGUCUUCCCACAAGAGUGCAGUUGAAUACCAGGCAUGUGAAUGUUGAUAACAUGUGUCCCUUUUGUCAUCAAGCACCCGAAACCAUAUGUCAUGUGCUGUUGAAUUGUGCUUUCAACCGUGCAUGCUGGAAUGUUUCCAGUGUUGAUUUGGGGGAUGUACCUGUGCAAGAUUUUGGAGGUUGGUUUUUUAAUCUUACCUCUUGUAAUACAACAGAGGUUGUUAGAGAAGUAGCAAUGGUGGGUUGGAAAAUUUGGGCUGUUCGUAAUGAUCUAGUUUGGAAUGAAAAAACUUGUUCUGCUAUUGAAGUAGUUCGGUCGGCUAGAGUGGUUCUUGAUCAAUGGAAGAAUGCUCAAUCACAAAAAAUGGGUGCAUUAUUAAUAGAUGAUAUUAAUAAUGUUAGUGAGCGUUGGAGGAAACCUUUCUUGAAUAUGGUCAAGAUUAAUGUUGACAGUGCUAUCUUUCAAGAAGAAAACAAGUUUGGAUUUGGUUUGGUGGCCCGAGAUCAUUCUUGUCGCCUUAUUGAAGCUGUUUCUGGGAGUCGCUUUGGAGCUGUUCAUCCAGGAGUAGCGGAGGUAAUUGGUGUCAAGGAAGCAUUGAGUUGGAUUAAAAGAAAGCAAUGGUCUAAUGUGGUGGUGGAAACUAAUGCUUUAGUUGUUGUGCAAGCUAUUAAAGGCUCAGUUAACAUGCCAUCUCAAUUUGGAAUGCUUGUGCGUGACUGUCGGGAUUUGAUGGCUACUCUAAAUAACGUUUCUUUAUGUUUUGUUAAACAAUCUGCGAAUAAGGCCGCUCAUUGUGUUGCGAGAGGCUCUCAAAGAGCUCUUGCUGAAUUUGGGAAAGAAGUCAAUAUUGGGUCGCGUUAUCAUCGCUCUAUAUCAUUAACAGAGGUUCAAGCAUCUAAUAACCACCAAGAUCAUAUUUCUCUUUUUAAUAUCGAGGAUGUCAGUUCAGGAGACUUAACAUACCAUUCUUUUGAUGAUGAUAACGUUGUUCACUAUGUCAGAGGUUAUGGUGCCAUUUUUCGAGUAAAUGUCUUAGGAGAUGUUGAUAGUAAAGAUGAUGGGGAUUUGACUUACCAAGACAAGAAUGUGCAUAAUGAUUUUGUCUUUCGGGGGCGAGCCAGUUUUAUGAGGUACCCCUUUUAUGGGUUUUUCAUGUUUGGCGAGCUUUUUCGGAACUUUGGUGAAAUGGGUAUUUCUUUAUAUGACUUGAAGGUUAUUGGUGGUUUGCCCAUUUUAGGAGUUCCUUAUGAAGAAUUUAUCCCUCUUAAUGAGAAACUGGUGAGCUGUGAUCCAUGUUAUUCUACUACUGCUGAGCUUUUAAGAAUCUAUGCUCACAUUUGUGAUUACUUAAAGAGCAAGGGUGUAUAUAGCCGUUCUAAGGGUAUGGAUGUCUCCUGGAACCAAUGGAUUGAAUUUUUUAAUAGGAGUCUAAUUGUCUUUGAAGGAGUAAAAAUGAACCCAACUGCUAAGACUCAAAAAACGUUAGCUAGCAGAAUACUAAUGAAGGUCAUGAUCUGCGUUCUAUUCCCUUGA